AUGGAAGGCAGGGCUCUCAUCCUGGUUCCCUCAGUGCUCUGCACCCUCUCCUGCUGCCUCACUCACGAGUACCACUAUGUUAGCAGCCCUAAGACAUGGACCGAAGCACAGAGAUACUGCAGAGAGAAGUACACUGACCUGGCCACCAUAGAAAACAUGGAGGAUAUGAAGAGGCUGAUCAACACUGUAGACAUUGGUUAUAAUGGAUCAGUCUGGAUAGGGUUGGAGAAGGAAGAUAUCAUGGUGUGGCAGUGGUCUCUGGCAAACAGAGAUUACUAUGGGGACGAAGGAACUGGGUUCAGGAAGUGGAGUGAAGGAGAGCCUAAUAAUGGUAUGGGGAGUGUUGAAGAAGAAUGCGCUGCAAUGAAUGAGAAUGGUCAAUGGCAAGACAUGCCAUUCACAUUUAAAUUGUCUGUCUACUGCUAUGAUGAUAAAAAAAAUAUUAUGGUUAAUAAUAACGAGUUGAUGACCUGGAGAGAGGCUCAGCUCUACUGCAGGAAGCACCACACAGAUCUGCCUAGUGUGAAGAACCAGAGAGAGAACAAUGUGUUACAGAACCUAGUGCUUGGCAGUGGUCUGAUGUGGAUCGGCCUGUUCAGAGACUCCUGGAAGUGGUCAGACCAGAGUGACUCCUCGUUCAGAUACUGGGGUCCCAACCAGCCCAUUAAUCGCUUAGGGAAUCAGAACUGUACUGCAGUAUGGGAAGGAGUAUGGACAGAACAUUCUUGUAUGUAUAGGAUUCCCUUUGUUUGUUAUGGAGUGAAGAAGACACAGCAGAUGGUGAGAGUGAGGCUGACCACAAAGGACCAGAACAUGGACCUGACUGAUCCUGACAUGCUGGAGGCCAUCUUGCAGCAGAUAAAGAAGGAUCUGAGGGAAAAGGGGAUGUCUGAUGACGUCAAACUGAGAUGGAAGGAGCAUCCCGAUGGAAACAUAUUCCGCAAGGAAAAAAACAUGGAUCCCCAAAAGAAGAAAAUGAAGGAGAGAAUACCAGUUAUGACAAAGGGAGAACUCUAAACUUGGAAAAUUAUAUUUCUUAUUUUCUGGGAAAUUCUAUAUAUUAUUUUACCUGAUUUUGAUUUUUUUGGUCUCCAACUACAUGGAAUUUGCAUAUUUAAACAAGGAAUAAUAGAUACUAUCCUAAAAUAUAUAACCCGUAUUUGGUGAAACUGCCUCAUCCUUUUGUGAUAUUACAACAACAAAUACGUUACUUCAAACAACGAACACUGUUUUACCCCCUCAGACAUCAUUGCAGGCACGAUAGAACUCUGUUUCAUCACAACAGCACAAAAACAAUAGCAAGGCACCGGGGUGAAUUAUGCCGUGGUUUCACCAAAUGUUGAUUCUAGCUUUAAGUAAUACACUGCUAAAAAAGAAAGAAAGUUUAGAACAUGUAUUAGUAGCGUGUGUAACAUUAUAUGCUGUCGUUCUCAUUAAGAAUGAACCGUUUUGUUUCAAUUGAUGAUGAUAUGAGUAUAUGUUAAAAUACAUAUACUGAAUUGUAGCGACCUUAACCAACACCUACUGUAGCAACCUCGUCAAGAGAUUCAGAUCUCUUGGCGUAACAGCUAAGGUGUUUGUUUGAAUUUAGCUAGAGCCUGGUUUGAGUCCUGGUCGGGGCUACCCCCCCCCUGGAAUUUGCUUCAGUAUGUAAAUUAGUU